AUGGCGACGCAAACAGCUACCGAGCUCGAGACAAUUGCGCCCGUAGCAUCAAGUGCAGGCCUCUACGUUACCGCCGCACCUCGAAGGAACCAUAACCCUCAUGUAGAAACACUGCCCACCGAACUUAUAACGGAGAACACCACAACAACCGUUCUCUCUAAAACUCGGGCUGCCAUUGUCAUCACCCAGUUGAUGGGCCUGAUGCUCUUCAGCAGUUUCAGCAAUGGCGUUGUCGUUGUUGGGUUACCCUCCAUCGCCAGCACUCUACACCUAGAAGAAGGACUCCUCCUAUGGCCCACCUCUGUAUUUUAUCUUACUGCGGGAUCUUGCUUGUUGAUGGCUGGAUCUAUUGCUGACGUCGUCGGCCCGAAGAGAGUGAACAUGGUAGGAUCUUUCCUCAGUGCCGUAUUUACUCUGGGCUGUGGCUUGGCUCAGACUGGAGGUCAACUUAUUGCCUUUCGUGCCCUACAGGGCGUCACCAACGCCAUUAUCGUCCCCUCGUCUAUCUCUAUUGUCUCGACGAGCAUUGAGGACGGACGGCCUCGUAACAUGGGCUUUGCGUGUCUAGGAUUUGCCUCGCCGAUCGGAUUCUCUCUAGGUCUAGUAUUAGGUGGCGUGUUAGUUGAUAGUACCGGGUGGCAGCCCGCAUUUCAUCUCGCCGGUGCUGCCAGUUUCGCUUUGUUUAUUAUUGGUAUAUGGGCUUUGCCGCGAGACGUUCGGCCGGGAUCCGUACACUCGAUUUGGAAGCGCCUCGCUUCCGAGAUUGAUUGGGUUGGCGCAAUCCUCGCGAGCACGGGUCUAGCAACAUUAUCAUAUGCUUUCGCAACGUUAUCAGCCGACAUCAACAACAUCCGCCAGGCCUCUAAUAUCGCUCUUCUUGUCAUCAGUGCUGCCUCGAUUCCUGCGUUUAUCGGAUGGAUGCAUUAUCAAGUGAAGCAUAACCGCACAGCACUUAUUCCCAACUCUCUAUGGCGUAGCUAUGUCUUUACCAGCAGUUGUGUCAUGGUACUUUUCAGCACUUCCGUCACCAACUGCAUGGAGCUGUUCUGUAGUUUAUUCUUUCAAGAAGUCCAGGGUAACUCAGCACUUGGGGCAUCGCUACGAAUUCUUCCCUCUCUCAUCGCUGGCGCCUUGACCAACCUUUCGACCGGUAUCUUCGUGAAUCGUGUACCGGUCAUGUGGGCAGUGUUUAUCUCCUCAGGACUAAGUACCAUCGCACCACUUCUAAUGGCACUCGUCCGACCUGAGUGGCCGUAUUGGUACGACGCGUUCUUCGCACAGAUCCUCGCUCCUCUGAGCUGCGAUAUUCUCUUCACCGUCGGCCUGCUCGUAGUCUCCGACGUUUUUCCAAAACACAUGCAGGCUCUAAGUGGUGCCGUGUUCAACACCUGCGCACAGCUCGGGACUGCCAUUGGACUAACCGUGACCUCCGUAAUUAGCGCCUCCGUGACUAAUAGUUCGCAAUAUGCAGACAAGGCUUCUCCUGGCGCUCUCGUAGUCGGAUAUCGCGCUGUUUUUUGGACCAUGUUUGCUUGGAUGUUGCUCGUGUGUCUGGUAUGCGUAUUUGGGCUGCGCCGGAUAGGUGUAAUUGGCGUGAAGCGAGAUUAA